AUGGCCGCUCUUCGUUCUACUUCGCGCUUGGUCGCGUCAUCCAAGCCUCUCUUCCGGCCUGCAGUUUUUGCUCGCACUUACGCUACCGUCGAUCCCGUCGCACAGGAACCCAAGCCAUCCGAGAACCCCAAAUUCAAGACCUUCCAGAUCUACCGCUGGAACCCAGACAAGCCCGAAGAGAAGCCUAAGAUGCAGUCAUAUCAGCUGGAUCUGAACAAGACCGGCCCCAUGGUGCUUGAUGCGCUUAUCCGCAUCAAGAACGAACUCGACCCGACACUGACCUUCCGGAGGAGCUGCAGAGAGGGUAUCUGCGGUAGCUGCGCAAUGAACAUUGAUGGUGUCAACACCCUGGCCUGCUUGUGCCGUAUCUCUACUGAGCACGCCAAGGAACUGCGCAUUUACCCAUUGCCUCACACCUACGUUGUCAAGGACUUGGUUCCUGAUCUGACCCACUUCUAUAAGCAAUACAAGUCCAUCAAGCCUUACCUUCAGCGCGAUACCAAGAGUGCAGAUGGCCUCGAGAACCGCCAGAGCCCCGAAGAUCGCCAGAAGCUGGACGGCCUCUACGAGUGCAUUCUCUGCGCCUGCUGCUCGACAUCCUGCCCUUCGUACUGGUGGAACAGCGAGGAGUACCUGGGGCCGGCCAUUCUCCUUCAGUCCUACCGCUGGUUGAUUGACUCCCGUGACGAGCGGACGGCCGAGCGUAAGCAGGCUUUGGACAACAGCAUGAGCGUUUACCGGUGCCACACUAUCCUGAACUGCUCACGAACCUGCCCCAAGGGUCUGAACCCUGGCCGUGCUAUUGCGGAGAUCAAGAAGAUGUUGGCAUCUCAUUAG